GCGACGGCCCACGUGCUUUUCUCCCCGCAGUCGCUGCUGGAGCUGCACAAGCGGCGGAAGGCGCUGAGCGAGCCCGAGGUGCGCUACUACCUGCGGCAGACCAUCCUGGGCUGCCAGUACCUGCACAACCAGCGCGUCAUCCACCGCGACCUCAAGCUGGGCAACCUCUUCCUCAGCGACGACAUGGAGGUGAAGAUCGGUGACUUUGGCCUGGCCACCAAAGUGGAGUACGAUGGCGAGCGCAAGAAGACCCUGUGUGGGACCCCCAACUACAUCGCCCCGGAGGUGCUGGGCAAGAAGGGGCACAGCUUUGAGGUGGAUAUAUGGUCCAUUGGCUGCAUCAUGUAUACUCUGCUGGUGGGGAAACCGCCUUUUGAAACAUCUUGUCUCAAAGAAACAUACAUCCGAAUCAAGAAGAAUGAGUAUACUAUUCCCAAGCACAUCAACCCCGUAGCUGCUAACCUCAUUCAGAAGAUGCUAAGAUCUGACCCUGCCACACGCCCAACUAUCAACGAGUUGCUGAACGAUGAGUUCUUCACAUCAGGGUACAUCCCCAGCCGCCUGCCCACCAGCUGUCUCACUGUUGCACCUCGAUUUUCCAUUGCUCCCAGCACAAUUGAACUGAAUGGGCGAAAGCCUCUGACGGCACUCAACAAAGGACCAGAAAGCCCUGUAUUAGAAAACUUGCCUGAAAAGGAAGAUGCAGCUGGGCUGCGGGAGGUGGGAGACACCAUUGAGUGUCACUUAGCUGACAUGUUACAGCAACUGACUGCAGUCAACUCAGCCAAACCCUCUGAGAGAACAGCAGUGAGACAAGAAGAAGCUGAAGACCCAGCCUGUAUUCCCAUCUUCUGGGUUAGCAAAUGGGUGGACUACUCGGAUAAGUAUGGUCUAGGUUAUCAGCUGUGUGACAACAGUGUUGGAGUUCUCUUCAAUGACUCCACUCGUCUCAUUAUGUACAAUGAUGGGGACAGCUUGCAGUACAUUGAGCAAAACAACACCGAGUCCUACUUCACUGUGAGAUCCUGCCCUUCUGCCUUGAACAAGAAGAUAACACUAUUGAAAUACUUCAGGAAUUACAUGAGUGAGCACUUGCUGAAGGCAGGUGCCAACAUCACACCUCGGGAAGGAGAUGAGCUGGCACGUUUACCCUACCUCUGCACGUGGUUCCGGACCCGCAGUGCCAUCAUCCUGCACCUCAGCAAUGGCACUGUGCAGAUCAACUUCUUUCAGGACCACACCAAAGUCAUCCUGUGCCCUCUAAUGGCUGCUGUCACAUACAUAGAUGAGAAACGGGACUUCCGCACGUACAAGCUGAGCCUCAUUGAGGAGCACGGAUGCUGCAAGGAGCUGGCCAGCCGACUACGCUAUGCUCGUACCAUGGUGGAGAAGCUCCUCGGUUCGAAACCUGGCUCAGCCCGUAUGAAAUCCUCUGCUUAGGCUUUGGUCCUGACGGAAUCAACAUCUGUGCCAAACUGGCUCAGCUGUGGAUAAGGAAGUCUAUUAGCAUCCCUUGUACUGUAACCUGCCAUUGCACAGCUGGGCUCCCUCUCCUGGGUACGUUUCAGUUGCCCCCAGGGAGCCCCUGAUGCUGUGGUGAUGGUGCUGUGUUCACUGUGAGUGGUGCACAAAGGGGUUUCUUGCUCCUCCCAAUACAAAGUGUUUUUUAAAAAUUACUUAUAUAGUCUUUUUUUUCCUUAACUUUUCAAAGCCAAAAGCCUGACUCAAAAACCAACCCUCUUGUUGGAGGUUCCUGGGCCUUCUAAUGAGACAAAGUGUGGGGUUCUCCCCAGAACUAUCAUGUAAGUUUUGUACAUGUCUGUGCAUGAUGCUCUGGACUUGUUUCCUUUUGUUGCAGCACAACUAAGAUAUUUAACAUGCCCAGGUUGAGACUGAGCAAUUUGCAUUUUAAUACUGAAUUUGUUCUACAUGAAAACUAAACUUUUGUAUAUUGCAUAACUUGAUUAAAGAUUGUUGUUUGGAGCGUC